ACCAGGGGCGGAAUGACCAUUCGAGCACUCGGGCACUGCCCGAGGGCACGGGGUCAGUAGGGGGCCCCAUGAGAUGCCCCUGGUACCUUUCAUUGGCUUUUUCAUAGGCUUUUUUGGGUGUUGGCGAGGACAUGGGGGCCCCACGAUCCCCUAUUGCCCGGGGGUCCCAUGAGUUGUCAGUCCGCCCCUGGCAGAGACGCAGGGGUGUCAUUAAUUCUUAAUGAACUGGAAGGAUGUACUGUAGUAGCAAAUAACAAUCAAACACACAUGAAUGUACUGUGCUGCAGCCAUAUG